GGCCGCGAGUCCCGGGCCCAGAGCCGGGAACCCCCAGAGAUUCCCCGGGCGGGGGGUUAAAAACAAGCCCCACGCGCAGGGUCCCCGGCUGCGGCGAGCCCGCCCUCCCCGCGAGGGGCGUGACACACUCACCGGGCCGCCGCGCGCCGGGUCUGCCUGUCACCCCCCAGAGAGGGCUUCUCGGGCCCCCCACCAGCAAACCGACGCUCCCGUCCCUCCCCCCCCCGCACUUCCGCCACCUCUUCCGAGGCACUUCCGGGUUACUCACGGUCGCGCGCGCAUGCGCGGGGGUGGGGCUUCGGUUGCCAGGAAGCGGCUUGGGCAGAGAAGGCGUCUCGCUGAGUUUACGCUGCACCCGAGCCCGGAGGCGGAGGGGACGGUGCCAUGUGCCUUGGAUCCAAGGGCUCAAAUGGAUAAGAUUGAGAGCAGUGAUGAAGUCCCGCACAUCCAGCUAAAUUUGAGUCAAGACGACAGAUUUGCUUUCAUUGCAGAAUGGUAUGACCCGAAUGCUUCACUCUUUCGACGUUACGAACUCUUGUAUUAUCCGAAAGAUGGUUCCGUUGAAAUGUAUGAUGUGAAGAACCAUCGCACCUUUCUGAAACGCACAAAAUAUGAUGACUUACACCUAGAAGAUUUAUUUGUAGGCAACAAAGUUACUGUCUUUUCACGUCACCUUUCCCUAGUAGACUAUGGGGAUCAAUACACAGCCCGCAAGUUGGGUAGCCGCAAAGAAAGAACACUGGCUUUGGUUAAACCUGAUGCAGUGCCCAAGAUUGGAGAACUAAUUGAUAUCAUCAUUAAUGCUGGGUUUACAAUAACUAAAGCCAAAAUGAUGGUACUUUCACGGAAAGAAGCAAUGGAUCUCCACGUAGACCAUCAAUCAAAGCCCUUUUACAAUGAGCUUCUCCAGUUUAUUGCAAGUGGUCCUGCUGUUGCCAUGGAGAUCUUAGGAGAUGAUGCUGUGUCUGAAUGGAAAAAGUUACUGGGACCUGCAAACUCUGGCGUGGCUCGUUCUGAUGCCCCGGGCAGCAUUAGAGCAAUGUUUGGAACAGAUGGCAUAAGAAAUGCAGCUCAUGGCCCUGACUCUUUUGCUUCUGCUGCUCGAGAGCUGGAGUUGUUCUUUCCCUCAAGUGGAGGUCGUGGUCCAGCCAAUAGUGCAAAAUUUACAAACUGUACUUGUUGCAUUAUUAAGCCUCAUGCUGUUAAUGAAGGGCUAACUGGAAAGAUCAUAAAAGCCAUCCUUGAUGGGGGUUUUGAAAUCUCGGCUUUGCAGUUGUUCAACAUGGAACGUGCGAAUGUGGAAGAAUUCUAUGAGAUUUACAAAGGUGUUGUAGCUGAAUACACUGAGAUGGUUACAGAACUGUGCUCAGGGCCUUGUAUAGCGCUAGAGAUCAGGCAGCUUGAUCCUCAGAAAGUAUUCAGAGACUUCUGUGGGCCUUCUGAUCCUGAAAUAGCCCGUCACCUCCGACCUGGAACCCUGCGUGCCAUCUUUGGUAAAAACAAGAUUCAGAAUGCUGUCCACUGUACAGAUCUACCAGAGGAUGGACUUUUGGAGGUCCAGUACUUUUUCAAGAUUCUGGACAACUGACAGCAGAACAUGGAACUAUCUCCAGUUCCUAAACGAAAGACAGACAAGGAGAGACGUGUUCAUUCAUUUAUUGUCCAAUGUUUUAACCUGACUGAAAUACAAGAGCAAGAGCACUGUGCUCCUGGCUAUUUAUUACAUGUUAGAACAUAGAGUUUUGCACUUUAGACAACAUUUAACACCAUUCUAUGGGGUACUGCAUUGCUUUUUAUAAAGUUCAAAAUAAAGAUUUAUUUUCAAACAAGUGACUUUGGUUUUUUCAUACAUUACACUUUUUCUUGCAGAAAAAAUAAAAUUGUACAACUGCAUAAAUAUAAAAUCUUCCACCAUGAAAAUGGUUAAAACAUUCAGUAAAGACAUUAGCACCACACCAUGUGAUGCUGCCAGCAGAAGAAAAAAAAAAAAAAAAAGAAA